AUGAGUGAACAGCAGACUACGUUCUAUAAAGCUACAACUACUGUAACAACUACUGUAGAUGGAAAAAGUGCUACGACAACGAGUACUCAGAGUUAUGUGCAGUCGUCGGGAAGGAAGAAAGCCUUAAUGAUUGGAAUCAAUUAUUAUGGGACUCCAUAUGAGCUCAAAGGAUGUAUUAACGAUGUAGCAAAUAUUAAAGCGUUUUUGAAGCAACAUGGCUAUGAAGAAUCGAAUAUCAGAGUUCUGACUGACGAUCAAUUGGAUACGACAAAGAUCCCUACGAGACAAAACAUGAUUGAAGGAUUAAAAUGGCUUGUCAGCGAUGCGCAACCUGGUGAUUCUGGUCAUGGUGGCCAAUUGCUUGACACGGACAAUGAUGAAGAUGAUUAUUAUGACGAAACCAUUAUGCCUCUCGACUUUCCAACUGCCGGACACAUCAUAGACGAUGUUAGAAAUGAACAAAAUUCUAGUACAACCAUUGCCGGAGGGCAAGUAUUCAAUAAUCAAUUGCUUUUUAUAUAUCAAAUUGCAUCAAUUUCUAACAAUUCCAUCAAAUACAUUAUUACAGGUGUCCGUAUGACUGUAAUCUUUGACUCGUGCCACUCGGGAACUGCUCUCGAUCUUCCAUAUACCUAUUCAACAAAGGGAAUAGUCAAGGAUCCGGGCAUAUUGAAGGCUGGUGGUAGUGCGUUAUUCUACGCAGGGAUUUCAUAUCUCCAGGGCGACCUGAAAGUUGCGAAAGACAAUAUACAUUCAUUUACGAAGAAGGCUAAAGACGGAAAAGUCAUUAGUCAAAGAAACAAAGCCAACAAAUCGAGUAAAGCCGACGUUAUAAUGUUGAGCGGAUGCAAAGAUUUGCAAACAUCGGCCGAUGCAUUUGAAGCAGGCAAGAGCACUGGAGCCAUGUCAUUUGCCUUGAUCUCAACUGUGAAACAGAAAUACCCGCUCACAUACCAGGAACUUUUGAAUUCCGUGCGUGACAUUCUUGCUGAAAAGUACCUUCAAAAGCCUCAACUUAGUGCUUCCCACGAAAUCGACAUCGAUGGAACGUUUACAUUUUAA